AUGGGCUGGCUAUUGACAAAAGUGAGACUGCUAUCCUUUUAUCUUUCAACAAAGCAAUUGGCAAAUUGUCAAUCAUAUUUACUUUUUGAAUAUUAUGCAGAAAUCAUGACAUCAAUUGUUGUAUUUUUCAGGAUGUCUAAUGAUAAUCACAUUAAUCGUGUCAAAAGGCCCAAAUAUAAAGAAAUUGAUACAUGGUUUAGUAGAAAGAGUGAUCAACCAUCAGCAUGUUCACAACCUUCUGUAAGCACUCCAAUUGCUAUUGAAGUAAAUGAAGAACCAUCUUCUGAGUCUACUUUACCCAAUUCUUUGAGGGACGAGUUUGAUCCACUUGGUAAUGACAAUGCCAUUGAACGUGAUCCGGGCAAAUGGUGUCCUAUAUGGAAGUAUCCUGUGAAUCGACGUGAAGUCAUUCAAAAAGCUUAUAUUGCAUUGGGUCUAUGUCAACCUAAGUUGAAACAUUAUCCUUUUUCAGUUCAUGGAGCACAAAAUCGUAAGUUUAACUUUAAUUGGUUUGAAGGUCAUCCUUGGCUUGAGUACUCGGUGGAUCAAGACAAGAUAUAUUGUUUUCCAUGUUUUCUAUUUGAUAGAGAAAACACUCCUCACCUUGUGUAUACUACAGAUGGGUUGAAAAAUUGGAAGGAUAAACAUGUGCUCAAGGUACAUAUGGGGGUUAAAGACAGUCCACACAAUGAAGCCAUGGAGUAG